AAAAUUCUCCUCCUAUUUUAGGGUUUAAGGGGUUAUGGGGAGGACGAAGGGCGAUGGCGCUCGCGGCAAGGGGCGGCCGUCCAGCAGCAGCUUGGCGGCGGCGCUGUCGCAGGGCAAUGCGAGCGCUGGAUUUGGAGGAUAUGUCGGCAGCGCGCGGAUUGACGCUGGGCCGAGUGAGGAGACGUAUGCGAGUAUCGAUGGAGAAACGGCUGCGAAUUUGCGGAGAUUGUCGAAGAAGGAUCCAAUAACAAAGAUAAAAGCUCUCGCUGCUUUGACUGCAUUUUUCCAGGAGCGUCCAGCCGCGGAAGUUUUACCCGUUCUACCAUCGUGGGUUUUUGAAUACAAGAAGCUAGUUUUCGAUAACAGUCGUCAAACUCGAGAGGCCACACACAAGGCUAUGACCAGUCUUGCAACUACGGUUGGGCGGUCACUGGCUCCCCAUUUGCGGUCCUUAAUGGGAGCUUGGUGGAUGUCACAUUUCGAUCCGUUCUUCGAGGUUUCUGACGCUGCUAAGCAAGCACUUCAGGCUGCUUUUCCAGGUCAAAAGAAACGAUUGGAAGCUCUGACGUUCUGUGCGACAGAUAUCCUUGUUUACAUCGACGAUAAUCUAAAAUUGACCCCGCAAACGAUUUCUGAUAAAUCAACUCCAGCAGAAGAGUCAGCUGAGAAGUAUGAACGGGUUAUAUCUUCCACCCUCCUUUCUUUAUCGGCUCUUCUCACCAUUCUCUUCACUUCGGUCGAAUCGGAAACCGGGGAGGAAAGAGCAACCACAAAUGAAAUGCUUGUGACGGCGUCAGCUAAGCUUUUCCGAGAUCACAAAAUGUUUCAAGGUUUGGCAAAAUCUGGGAAAUCUCGUACGCGUUCGGCCGUAUAUCAAGCUAUACAGGUCUACAUACAACACGUCCCGCACGUUCUCCCAAACGACAACAUGGAAGUGGCUGCGAAAUUUAUUCUUGGGACAUUUCAAGAGAAAGACGCUGGCUGCCAUCAGGCUAUGUGGGACUUGAUACUAGUUUUCACACAACGGUUUCCUCAGACCUGGGAAUCUAGUUCUAUCAGGAAAAUUGUGCAACAAAGGUUUUGGGCUUUUCUCCGUCAUGGAUGCUAUGGUUCACAACAGGUUUCUUAUCCAUGUCUGCUGCCGCUUCUUUCACUUAUUCCUCCUGCUGCACUAUCUCCACCGAAAGGAUAUUUUGUCGACUUUUUCACUAAUCUUUGGAAAGGAUGUGAGGAGGCCUCUUGGACAUUCGAUCAGGGAAUGCUCCUACUUAAUUCGACCAAGGAGUGUUUUAUGUGGCUAUUGUCGCACGAGAAAAGGUUCCUGGGUGCAGAGGAUUCAUCGUUGCAACCUUUUUUCACUGAAAGCGUCUUAUUUGGAAUCUUGUGGAAGUCUUACGUUCAGACAAACGUCCAGAGGACAUCCUCUUUGCUUUUAUCCGAUAAGUUUAUUGAAGAGAUAGGGAAAUGUAUUGUCGACAUUGUGGGUGCACUGGACAAUAAUUCGCUGUCUGCGUUCUGGGAUUGUCUUCGGGAGGAGUGUUCGGCAUUAUUUCUUGCGAACAACAGCCAAGUCAAUGACCGUGUGCUACGCUUUUUUCUUAUUUUCGACUCGUUUUCGGACCUCGACAAGAGAAGCCAGAUUUUCAACAAGGUUGUUAAGCCAUUUGUUGCCGAUGGCUUUGGUUUUAUAAAAAACUCGGAAAAGCCCGAGGCUGUGAAUUUGUUUACGGGUUUAGUAGGGACCUAUGGGUUGCAUGUAUUUGAUUUACUCGCUUCUCAGAACUGGAAAGGCAGAGACAACACAGAGUUGACGAGCUCGGCUGUAGAAGAUGUUUUUUCGUCAAAACAUCUACAAUACCUUUUUCGAAAUGAGCUGCUUCCUUGGUCUGUGAGUGGGGAGUUCAACAAACUCAAGGUUUAUGUUCUUCUGACGUUUCUUGAAGAUGAGAUGUUCUUCAGGGAAUGGGAUUACGUGCUUACGUACUUUUCAGACGUACAGGACUCUUCUCGGAUCAGUAUCUUGGCUAGCCUUAUUAAGACGCUGCAAUCACGGUGCAGCUUACAGAAUGAGGCUUAUAAGUUGGAGAGAUGGAAGUCGCCGAAGAUUGACGAAGCCGUCUUAGGCGCUAUGUCCAAUUUCCAGGCAUCGGCAUUCGAACUGAUAAGGACAACUCUGGAGGGAGUUCUUUGCGAAGGAUGCUAUUUAACGAUCUUGUCAAAGGGAACUGUCAUAAGAGUUAUGGAAGAAUUUCUAAGGAGUAUGGUUCUGGCGGUUUAUAAGUCUAAGAACGAAGCGGCAAUUUUAUUGGCUGUUUCUGUUGCCCCUUCGUCUAUUGAAGAAGGGGACGGUUCUACGGAGACGCUAGAAAGAGCCAAGGCUUCUAUCGAUACGUUACUUGCGUGCUGGCCUUCUCUAAGAUAUGUGGACGGAAUAAAUGAGCUAGUUAUCGGAGGUCUUGGGAUUAUUUUCUGCCUAUACUGGACAUACGUGCAACCGGUAUUGAAGGCAGAUGAUGAAGAUGACGACAAUGAAGAAAGUCUUACGACGACUACGUCUUAUACCGAUGACAAUCUUGCGCAGUCUUUGCUUCAAGCUCGGAAGGACAUACUCACAUCAUGCGCUGAAUUCUCGGGGAGGCGGAGCCUGUAUGAGAAGCUGAUGUCAGGCGUAAGAAAGACGCUUUUGGAAGACCAACCAGAGGAAUUUUACAACACUGCCGCAUAUUGGGUGCUGGACACGCUACAUUUGACAUGUCGCAACUCCGAGGAUAGGCAAGGUGCCUUGGAUUGUUUAUUAGCUUCUGCUGAUUAUUGGCCCUUUUGGAGUACUGGAGCUCGCAGCCAUCUCUUAGAGGCGAAGAAACAUCACAGCAUUUCAGCAACAGUUCUCGAGGUUACACGCAGUUUGGGUCCAGAAACAGUUUUCUUGGGCGAGGAUAUCAGUUUUAGGCCAUGGCUUAUUGUGGAGCUCCUCUGCACAUCGGAUUUGCAUGGCCAACCUUUUGUUUUUAAUUUCUUGCAGGCUUGUGCAAGAAGCGAGGGUGGAAGUCGACACAGGCUUUUACUGGACAACGUUCUGGAUACACUGUUCCCCAGCGCUGCUGAGGGAGAUCCUUACUUACGUGCUCUUCUCGGUGUUUUGAGAGCACUGAUUGGCCAUCACGGGCCUUUCGGAAGACAAGAAAGCGAGAUGUUGUUUGCAAAGUACUUAUCCGGAUCCUCUUCAAGUUUUCUGCCACAUGUUUUGGAAGCGAUGAUGCCGUCCUUGAUCAAACGGAAGUCCGACGAUACUCUCUUUCCUAGCGAAAUGGAAUCGAAAAUCUGCGACUGGCUGAACUUCGCCUUGGAAGUUCCAAAUUUUACAGAUAACAUGCAAUGGAUGCAAGUGGCCGUGGCUUGUUUUCCUCUAGAUUCGACAGGUGGUGUGACUGCAUUACUCUCGGCCGGGAAAGCAGAUAUAUCCGAGCAGCAAAGGAACUUGCUGUUGUCUUUAUUCCGCAAGCAGUCCGGUAUUUUUGUGGACUUGCCGGCAGAGGAAGCCUCGAAUCCGUCGGUUCAAGUUAUGCUGGCAAGGCUAAUUGCUCCAGCAGUGGCGUACUGCUGGCAGAACUUCGGCCUAGAGGAUUGGACCUUCAUACUCAGACAGCUACGGAAGUGGAUCGAGGAUGCAGUCGUUCACAGUGAAGAGUAUACGGAAGCGGUUGCAGCGAUGAUGUCCGAUGAUGGAGAAAGUAAAGUCGUGAAGGAGGACAACGAUAUGCCGGAGAAGCUUCUAGGCACGGGAGUAACUAUUCUGUCACUCACUCAAUCCUUGAAGAGUUUCGAGAAGGCAGCUGGAUCGAGAUCCUUAGAAAGCUUGGAGGAAGCACAGUGGUCCAACUUUGAGACAAGAGCAGUAGACAACGUUUUCAGAGUUUUUCUCGCGACGGGACUUGCCGAGGCACUGGCUAGUGCUAAUGACGAUUUAAGACAGGAUAUAUCUUUGCAAAGGUCGCGCUGCUCGUACCUCUGGGACCGGGUUGCCGAGUUACUACUCACUGCUCCAGUGAGAGUUCGUGAAACGGCCGUUCGUGCUGCGGACUUGUGGGGACUAGGAACAGGUGGCAUCAGUGCUCUCUACGCGCUCUUAUUUUCUCCGCAUCCUCUUCCCUCGUUACAGUGGGUUGCCUACAAGUUUCUCUCAACCGAGCCACUUCAGCACCAAGCGGUUUCUUGGAAGCCCGUGGUUUCAUCUUCGACGUCGGCUGAAGAUGACCCGAGCGAUUCGGAUUUGCAGGUCGAUACGUCUUUUGAUUUCAUACGGCCAGAGCUCCUAACGACACUUGGUACUCCUGCGAGCAAGUUAUUCGGGGGUGAUACUUCUUCCCUGGGACACUACUUCCUUGCCUGGUCACUCUUUCUCACGCACCUCCAAGUUCUGGGAACUUCAUCGGAGGCAAGAGACCGCUUGCUUCAAUAUGUCAAGGAUUCCGACACGCCGAGCUCAUUGCUCGACUGUCUCUUUCGACAUAUCCCUACGAAGCGCAACGUUAAAAAGGAAGAUUUGCAGCUGUCUCCGGUGGUUGAAGCAGUCAAGCGAUCAGCAGGCACAGCGUCUGUUUCGUUUGCAGUGGACGGCCUCUUAUGGGGUGGUGGCAACACGAACGACUUCGCAGUUAUUGCCGGGGCGAUCUAUGGAUUGAUCCUGAGGGUGUUACCGGCGUGCGUCCAGACAUGGUUCGCGGGGCUGCGGGAGAAAGGAGCGGUUGCUGCGAUCGAAGCCUUCACGGCUGACUACUGUAGUCCUCGACUUUUAGCGGAGGAAUUCAAUCAGGUGCAAGCUGCUGCCAUUGCCGAAGAGAACUUUAUCUUCAAGGCAAACAGGUCGCUGCGAGAGGUGACUGUGAUUUACAAGAAAGAGGAGGCUGCGAUGGACAUGACCAUCAAGUUGCCGUCUUGCUAUCCGCUCAAAGCCGUGGAAGUCGAUUGCGGCAAGCGCUUGGGUAUAAGCGAGACACGCAUGCGCAAGUGGAUUCUCUCCAUGGCUUCUUUCCUGAGAAACCAGAAUGGAUCUCUCUCGGAGGCUGUGUUGAUAUGGAAGAAGAAUGUGGAUCGCGAGUUUGAUGGCGUGGAGGAGUGUCCGAUUUGCUACAGCAUCAUCCACACCUCCAACCAUAGCCUUCCUCGGCUCGCCUGCAAGACGUGCCGCCACAAGUUCCAUGGAGCUUGUCUUUACAAGUGGUUCUCAUCCUCUCACAAAUCCACUUGUCCUCUAUGCCAGACUCCCUUCUAAACUUCUCUUUUCUAUAAAAUCUUGGUAGCCAACUUAACUGGUUAGACAAUCAAACUAUUGUGAAUUGAAGAUCCAACAUGUAAGAAAAAAAAAAUUCUAAAACACAGUAUAACUUAAGGGUAAAUCACAAAAAAGGAGAAAUAAGUUACUUAAGCCCACUAA